UGGCAAUCCUCGCCCACAGCUUCACAACUCAUCCUCUGUGAGAGCAAUCGAUUGUUCCAGGAUGGGUGAUGACCGAUGGCGCGGAGGCCGACCAGACAAUCGCCAGUCGGGCCAUAGACAGUCGGGUCCUAAGAACAUGGGAGGAUCGCGUGGGAAUGCCUGGAGCGACUCACGCGAUCAGAGCCCUGCCGGACCAGCUAACGAGCAGCAUGUUCCCGUCUGUGGAUUUAAUGCGACGGAAGCAAAAUCAGCUCUCAAGCGAGGUGCACACGAACAAAAACCUACUACCUACAAGCCAGCCGGGAAGGACGUGAACAACCGUGCUAGCGGCCCUUGGGGCGCCAAACCCAACAACAUGGCGAGUGGAAAGGACUUCUUCCUUGAGCUUCGAAAGCAAAUCACUUCAUUGCGGGGUGGAAAUGUUCCUGGUGGUUGAUCAUGCUGGUGGCAUGGACCUUACGAAUAUAAGCACUCCCGGAGUUAUACCGGUGGAUUGCUUUCCCUCUGGAAGGGACGGUUGAUGAUUGAUCUAUUAUAUACGAGGAGACGAAUUUAUGGCAUGUGGGCGAGGCUCUCUCCAUCUGAAGAUAUGCCUCAAGGCAUGGUUUCGACCUGUAAUAUAAAAGCAAAAAAUGAGAAACAUGAGAAAUGCCAAGAUCUUCCGU